UCGAAGAAGAAGAAAGGGGAGGAUAGAGUAACUUCACAUACUUUUUUAACACCUCAAAUCUUGACAUUUUGUUGUGGAUUUCCAUCUAACGGCGAUAAAACCAAAGUUAGGCAGUCACACGGUUACCGUACAGCACGCGAAGACGGCACUGAGAUCGGAAUGAUCUGGGGCAGUGAGAGGUUGUGGCGGCCUCAUCAGUAGCUGUCACCACGGCGGGGGACCUUCGGACCUCCGUCUGCAGGGUGGUCAUCUACCUCCAAAGGGACAUGUCCGGGGACAGCUGCCUGCCCCAGCAUCACACCUCCACCUCCUCAGCCCCUCCUCCUCCUCCUCUGGCCUGUCCCAAGACCAAGACCUGCAGUUAUCGAGGAGCGGUGGGCCUGGGCAACAAGUAUGUCCGCAUCAAUGUCGGCGGGAACCUGUUUUACACAACGCUGCAGGUGCUGACCAAGCAGAACUCCAUGCUGAAAGCCAUGUUCAGCGGCAAGAAGGAGGUUUUCACGGAUAAAGAUGGUUGGAUCCUGAUCGACCGCAGCGGGAAACACUUUGGCAGCAUCCUGUGCUUCCUACGUGACGGCACAGUCACCUUACCCAAAGGGCGCCAGGCUGUCCAGGAGCUGCUCGCCGAGGCAAAGUAUUACCUCGUCCAGGACCUGGUGGAGCUUUGUCAAAACACCCUGCAGGGAAAUAAAGAGCAGCCCCUGUGCACCUCCAGCAAGGAAGAGGAGCGGCUCAUCCAGUCCUCCACAAAGCCUGUGGUGAAGCUGGUGUACAACAGAAGCAAUAACAAGUACUCCUACACCAGUAAUUCGGACGACAACCUUUUGAAGAACAUCGAGCUGUUCGACAGGCUGUCUCUCAGCUUCAAUGGACGCGUCCUCUUCAUGAAAGACGUGAUCGGAGACGAGAUCUGCUGCUGGUCCUUUUACGGUCAGGGCCGCAAGCUGGCCGAGGUGUGCUGCACCUCCAUCGUCUACGCCACGGAGAAGAAGCAGACCAAGGUGGAGUUUCCUGAAGCUCGUAUCUACGAGGAGACUCUGAACACGUUGCUCUACGAGACGAUGCCGCUGCCAGACAACUCCCUGCUGGAGGCCACGCGUCGCAGCUACAACAACUGCGGCUCUCACAGUGAGGAGGAAGACGGGCCCGGCGGAGCCGAGCUUCGCGAGCGCGUGCGUCGAAUCCACGUCAAGAGGUACAGCACGUAUGACGACCGACCGCUGGGACACUGAGACUGAAACCGCAAAUUUCGGCAGAUUUCGGCUUUUCACAUCGAUGAUGAACAUUAAGACAUGAAAUCUGUUGAUGCCCAAACGUUUCUCCUCUGAGUAGUUUUAUUAUCUUACUUUCUUUACCACUAUCUUAAAAAAAAAGUCCAAACUGUGGCCUCGAUGUAACUGCAUCGGACUUUGUUCUCUAGAUAGUCGUGGUGUUGUCUGCUCUGUCCAUCAUAAUUUAUUUAUGAAUUAUUAUCAAAGGACUGAGAGCAAUGCUUCAAAUAUCUGGAGAACUCUAGUUUUUAUUAAAUGUAGAUCAGUAGUGGAGGAAAAAAAUCACUGAUAUGCACUAUUUCUUAGAAGAAAUCUUGUUACAAUCAUAGCGCUUACAUCAGCAGGAGAGCAUGUUUCAUAUUUAUAGAUUGUAUUUUUCAUAAACACAUUUAUGACAGCCUGUUGUUUGCCAAAAAUGCACCUGUUACAGUUUUUCUGAAUUAGUGCCUCUAACAUGUUUUAAUGCAGUUUACCGCGAUGCCUUUUUUCCAGCUGUGAAGAUAAAAGUUGUUAUUCGACUA